GAUCUCUCGCUUGCAGAAUAAAAAUAAGGUCAGUGUAAAAUAGACUGAAUACCCUGGACGUGGUUAUGGUUGAAUUAAGGAUUUUCUUUCCAAAUUAGCUUUUUAAUUUAACGUUCAGCUUUUCCAAAAGUUUUGUUUGUGGAUUACUCUAAUUUCUACAGCGGAACAAAGAUCUACUGAAGUAUUCACAUCUUCCAAUAUGGAUGAGACAUCCGCAGACUCCGUCACCCUGGACAUGUUAAGAGAAGCCCGAGAGACAGUGAGUCGCAGCCCUCUGGGUGUCAUCAACACUCCCAUGAUUCCUUGGUCCCAGACCACUUUGCCUCUGAGUGUCAGCUGCAACAUCCAGAUCAAACUGGAAAACCUGCAGAGAACCGGGUCUUUUAAGAUAAGGGGGGUGGCCAAUCAGUUUGCCAGGAGACCAAAGGGAGGACGCUUUGUCACUAUGUCUGCAGGGAACUAUGGGAAAUCUUUUGCAUAUGCAUCAAAACAUUAUGGGUCACAGGGAAAGGUGGUUAUGCCGGAAACUGCCCCAGAGUCCAAGUCCAUCCUCAUACAGAGUUUUGGAGUAGAGGUGGAACGAGUUCCUACAUCCUGUCUGAUGAACGUAGUGAACCGAUGCGUGCAGGAUGACAACAUGACCUUCCUGCACUCCUAUGAUGAUCUGGAUCUAAUAGCUGGACAUGCCAGCCUGGGCAUGGAGGUGCUGGAGGUGCUGCCGGAGCCUGACGUGGUGGUGGUGUGCUGUGGUGGAGGCGGGCUGCUGGCCGGAGUAGCUGCUGCAAUCAAACUGUCAGGUUGCGAUAAAACCAGAAUCUAUGGCGUGGAACCAGAAGGAGCCUGCACAAUGUACAAAAGCUUUACUGAGAAGAAGCCAGUUGGGAUGGACACCAAGAGUAUCGCCUCUGGUCUAGCACCUCCUUUUGCAGGCAGGCUGCCGUAUGAGCUGUGUCAGCGCUAUGUGGAGGGGAUCAUCCUGGUGAGUGAUGAGGAAAUAAAGACAGCGGUGUCCACCCUCUAUAGAGCUGGACUUGUGGUGGAGCCAUCAGGCUCUGCUGCCUUUGCUGCCAUUGAUAAUAACAAGAUACCUGACAUGGAGGAGAAGAACAUUGUGUGCAUCCUCAGCGGAGGAAACAUUGGAAAAGACGAGCUCGCCAACUUUCCAGACUAAAAACUUUAGCAUGGCUCUUCUAAAACAAGUACUUUAUCACCCAGUUGAAGAAGGUGCCUUGAUGAUAGUUUGUCUUAAUUUUAGGUAGAAUCUUAUACAUGUAAAAAGUCCCCAAUGCUAUGGACACUAGUGCAUCCCAAUACCAUGACAGAGGUAGAAAACAGCUGAGAUGGUCUUUCUUAACUUUGUGAAAUGGCAGGGAUCUCAAACUGCGGUCCUUGAAGGCAACUGCAGGUUUCACACAUUUCUUUGCUUCAGCUUAAUGAAUCAUUUGGGAACAACUUGACAAUAAGCUGUUGGAUCCAUUUAAUUUGAAUUAGGUGGCAUCUUAAACCUGCAGGACAAUGGCCGAGGUACUUCUAAGCCUAGGGGGCUGUAUUGAUCAUGGUGAAAUGACAGUUUCUUAUGCAGUCCAGCCUGGCAAACGAACAUAAUCACGUGUUGCAGAUGAAUCUGCUGAUUGUAAAAUCUUUUAUGUGCCCAAGACUUUUAAGCAUGUAAUGCAGGAACCAAUUUUAAAUUUUCUUAAU